AAGAAGAAGAAGAAGAAGAAGAAGAAGAAGAAGAAGAAGAAGAAGAAACAGCAGCACAGUGCCAGGAAGCGUGUAUCAUAACAACGUGGUUUUAUUGAAAUUGAUAUUUGCAAUACUAAAGCUGUUUAGGCUACUAUUGACGAUGAGGCACACGGAGGUAAAGAAAAAGGAUCUCUCCCUCUAUCUAGAAGUUUGUUCCGAAACUGAGGAGGCGCGUCUUCCGCUGCACACCUCCAUCGUCCUGUUUCUCCUGUCCUACUGCGAGUGCUCGUCUUUCAAAGUUUUCCUGGUCUUCGCCAAACCUGCCAGCUCCCAGUCACUAAAGAGUCAGCUGGCAGAGUGUUUGGAUGUGUCUGACAUGCAGUUGGAGGAUCUGCCCCAGUUGGUGAAGGGCUGUCGCCUCCCUGCUGUUUUGGAUGAGUCCGGGAGGCUUUGCAGGGCAGGGCUGGCGGUGGUCCUGAGACAUAUCAUCAACAAGACCCUGGAGGCUGACCCUUCUAGAAAUGAUGUGUUGGCACUGCUGGGAUUCAAGAAGACCUGUCUGAAGGCCUGUGCUGAGGUGAGCAAGUGGACCAGACUGUGUGAAAUUGGCAUCCCCUCUGCAGUUGAAGAACACCUCACAAAUCCAACAAAUCAAUAUCAGCAGCUUCCUCUCCCCAUCCUCGCCCUAGAGCGAAGGCUAGCGGAGCCUGUCAAAGUCCACAAUGAUGACAAGAUACGGAGACAGAAACUCCAAGAGCAGAGACAGAAUGAAAAGAAUGAGUUCCCUGAAGGCCAAAGGAACCCAGAUUCUGAGCCUGAAUCUGGACAGUCACCUCAGGUACGUGACGGACUUGAGCUCAGGGCGGCUCUGGCCAAGCUGUCUGUGGAUUCAGUUCCGACUUUAACCACCAGAGAGAACUCUGAGAUCAGGAAAGUGAAGACCACAGACCUGCCUCCGCUGGAGCAUGUGUUUGCCGAAGGACUGUACUUCACUCUGACAGAUGUGGUGCUGCUGCCAUGCAUCUAUCAGUACUUGUGUUCCCUCCAAGCCCAUGCUGCGAGCACUCUACAUUCACUUCCGUACCUGCUGCGUUGGUACAGCCGUGUUCAGGAAGUACCUGGGGUCAUUCGGGCAGCCGAUGCCUGUGGCAUGGCUCUUUCCAUCCCCCAAGUUCCCACGUCCAGCCUCCCAGGGCCUUCAGCAGAGGACAACCCAGCUAGCCUAUUGGAGCAAGAAGAAGGCCAGGAGAUGACCACGCAGCUUCCCUUUGUCGGUGGCCCGAGGCCCACAAUGACUAAACUUAAAGAAAAUGGUAUCGAGGCAGUCUUCGCUCCUCAUCCUUGCCCUAUCUGGACCCUCCCAUGGGAUAGCUUACCAGAAGCUAUCAACCCCACUGAAGGGAAAAUGUCAAAUAUACGUGCAGUCAGGAAGAGGCAACAGCUGAAUAACUUGGUUGCCAUGGUUACAGAGCUAGCCAGGCCGGGAUACACCGUUGUGGAUUUCUGCAGUGGAACGGGCCAUGUAGGGAUUGUUCUGGCUCACACACUUCCAGAUUGCCAGGUCAUCCUCAUAGAAAACAAAGAAGAGUCCUUGGUCAGGGCCCAGAGUCGUAGCGCUGAGCUCGGUCUGAAAAACAUUGGCUUCAUUCAGGCCAAUUUGGACUACUUUACCGGACCGUUUCACAUUGGGGUUGCCCUCCACGCAUGUGGCGUUGCAACAGACAUGGUGAUGGAGCAUUGUAUCCAGGCAGGAGCCGCCUUCGUCAUCAGCCCAUGCUGCUACGGCUUCAUCCAGAACGCAAUCAAGUUCACCUUUCCCAAGAGCAAAAAGUUUCAAGAGACACUGACUCAUAAGGAACACAUGGUCCUCUGUCGCUUUGCAGACCAAACUGCUGUCCAGCUCCCUCCUGAAAGGCGACACAUAGGUAAACAGUGUAUGGGCCUCGUAGACCUGGAUCGCUUGUGGGCAGCAGAGACUCAUGGGUACUCAGUGCGGGUGAUGACUAUGGAGCCUGAAAGCUGUUCGCCGAAGAACAACAUGCUUGUGGGAAGGCCGCCGCACAAGAGUGGACUGGAAGUCUGUGCUAGCCAACUGGAAGCACUGGUGCAUAAUUAGGACUGCAAGCACCAGUGCACAGCAGAUCAUCUUCAUUGCGGUCAGGAGUUGAUAAAGUACCCAGCCUCUGUGGCUCCUGGCUGUGUCAUCAUGGUGCUGAAAAUACAGCUAUUUUCGACCGACCCUAAACAUUUUCUUUUUAAUUCUUUUUUUAAAGCCUUUUUUUAAGAAACAGCCUUGGAAAAUAAAAGAGGUUUUCUCAUUAUUUCCAGACUGAAGUUAAAGGUGUGUUGUGAUUUUUGAUGUGAUCCCUUGUUUAAUGUGCUCAGUGAUUGGACGCUUAGUUGUAGUAAAAGCUCCAGCCUCCCACCAA